UCGUCUCCACCUCCUUUUGCGUCUCUCUCAUUCAUCUUCCUCUCUUGCAACCUCUCUCUCUUUCUGUAACUCAGCGACACAGGGGGAGAGCUACCGAGAUUGGACAAGCCGGGUCUCCCUUUUUUCUCUCUUUUUUUCCAGCGCGCACCUCGCUUGGUGUUUUUAUUACACCUUCAGCUCGGCGAGAGAGGCUCCGAUCUCCCCCCCCCCCCAACACCUCAAAGCAAGACUCAGAGGACUGUAACGAGCACCCGUGGGCUGCACCACCGCGACUUGCGAUACAACAAAUAAAAACUGGCCGAAAAAAAAAAUUAAAAAUCGCACAAACAGGCCGCUGACACCGAAGGAUGGCUUCUACUUUCAGGGAGCGUAUUAUUAUGCGUAGCAAUAUUAUUAUUAUUAUCAAAAUGUAAUAUUUCGUUGGAGUUUGUGUUAUAACGAACUGCUAAAUAAUAAUAAUAAUAAUAAUAAUAAUAAUAAUAAUAAUAAUAAUAAUAAUAAUAAUAAUAAUAAUGAAUACAUAAAUCAAUUAUAAUCUAUCUACAACCUGGCUGAAUAGACUGUGUAUUUGGACUUCCAUUAAUAAACCGGACUCCGCUAUUUAGCCACAGCGGAUAAAUCUCUGCGCUCCGGCCGAGCGUUGGUGUCUCUCCCACGGCGACGUGACCUGCCAGUCAGUGCGAGUCUCUGCCACGUUCUACCCACCCGCGACGGCUUCGUCUGUUCUGAAGGAGGAAAAAAAAAACCUAAUUAAAACUACCAGUUACACCCGUGCUGUUUUUUCUGGGGUUUGAAGAGAGAGAGAGCGACCUUGUCAACAUGAAGCCUGCUCAUCGGUUCUGGUCCACUCUUGGCUUUAGGUGUCUGGUUCUGUUCGUGACCUUGCUAUUCCACGCCCAGCGCUCCGAAGCCAGCGAGGGGGAAACCUCUCUGGUCAAGCCCGUCGGCAACGAAACUUGCUCGAGACAAAAAAGCACCUGCACGGAUGGGGUGGUCCUCCCGGUGUGGAACCCCCAAAACCCUUCCGUGGGAGACAAAGUGGCCCGAGCCAUCGUUUACUUCGUGGCUCUGAUCUACAUGUUCCUGGGCAUGUCCAUCAUCGCCGACCGGUUCAUGUCGUCCAUCGAAGUCAUCACCUCCCAGGAGAAGGAGAUCACCAUCAAGAAACCCAACGGGGAGACCACCACCACCACCGUCCGAAUCUGGAACGAGACCGUCUCCAACCUGACCCUCAUGGCCCUGGGAUCGUCCGCCCCGGAGAUCUUGCUGUCAGUGAUCGAGGUGUGCGGUCACGGGUUCAACGCCGGCGACAUGGGCCCCAGCACCAUCGUGGGGAGCGCCGCCUUCAACAUGUUUGUGAUCAUCGCCAUCUGCGUCUACGUCGUCCCGGAUGGCGAGACCAGGAAGAUCAAGCACCUGAGGGUGUUUUUCGUGACGGCCGCUUGGAGCAUCUUCGCCUACAUCUGGCUCUACCUGAUCCUCUCCGUCAUCUCCCCGGGAAUCGUGGACCUCUGGGAAGCGGUCCUCACCUUCCUGUUCUUCCCGCUGUGUGUCGUUCAGGCCUGGAUCGCGGACCGACGCUUGUUCUUCUACAAGUACGUCCAGAAGAGGUACAGGGCGGACAAGCACCGCGGGAUCAUCAUCGAGACGGAAGGGGACGGUCCCUUCACCAAAAUGGACAUCGAGAUGGACGGGCAGGUGGUCAACUCUCACAAGGAGGCCCUGGACGGGAUGCUGAGCCUGGCAGAGGAGACCCGCCAGGGGCAAGAAGAUGAGGCUCGGAGGGACAUGGCCAAAACCUUGAAAGAGCUCAAGCAGAAGCACCCCGAUAAGGACACGGAGCAGCUCAUCGAAAUGGCCAACUACCACGUCCUGGUGCAGCAGCAGAAGAGCCGAGCCUUCUACAGGAUCCAAGCCACCAGGAUGAUGAUCGGCGCGGGGAACAUCUUGAAAAAGCACGCCGCCGACCAGGCCAGGAAGGUGGUGAGCUGCCACGAGGCCCGAUCGGAGGAAGAGGACGACACCACCAUCAAGGUCUUCUUCGAGCCGUCCCACUACCAGUGCUUCGAGAACUGCGGCUCUCUGCUGCUGGCCGUGGCCAGGAGGGGCGGCGAUCCCGGCUGCACCGUGAAGGUGGACUUCAGGACCGAGGACGGCACGGCCAACGCCGGCUCCGACUACGAGUUCGCCGAGGGCACGCUGGUCUUCAAAGCCGGAGAGACGCGCAAGGAGUUCACGGUGGGCAUCAUCGACGACGACAUUUUCGAGGAGGACGAGUAUUUCUACGUGCACCUCAGCAACGUCAGGGUGACCCGGCCCGAGGCGGGCGGGGACCCGGGUUCCACUCCUCCUCCUCCUAAAGCCUGCCUGGGCGCCAACCACACGGCCACGGUGACCAUCUUCGAUGACGACCACGCCGGGAUUUUCACCUUCGAGAGCGACGCCACCCGGGUGAGCGAGAGCAUUGGGAUUAUGCAGGUGAAGGUGCAGCGGACCUCCGGAGCCAGAGGCACGGUCAUCGUGCCGUACAAGGCCGUGGAAGGGAGCGCCAAGAGCGGGGACGAUUACGAAGAGUGCGAGGGCAAGCUGGAGUUCAGGAACGACGAGACCAUGAAGACCAUCGAGGUGAAGAUUAUUGACGAUGAGGAGUACGAGAAGAACAAGGCCUUCACCAUUGUGCUUGGGGAGCCAGUGCUGGUGGAGAUAGGGCAGAAACACGGAGACUCCAAUGAGAACAAGCCUUUCUCCACUGAAGGGGAGGAUGAGCAGAUUGCCAAGAUGGGCUGCCCUAGUCUGGGUGAACACACCCGACUGGAGAUCGUCAUUGAGGAGUCCUACGAGUUUAAGAGUACAGUGGACAAGCUGAUCAAGAAGACUAACCUGGCCCUGGUGGUGGGGAGCAGCAGCUGGAGGGAGCAGUUUGUUAACGCCGUUACCGUGAGCGCAGGUGACGAUGAUGAAGAGGAGAGCGGGGAGGAGCGGCUCCCGUCCUGCUUCGAUUACAUCAUGCACUUCCUCACGGUCUUCUGGAAGGUCCUGUUCGCCUUCGUGCCCCCCACGGAGUACUGGAACGGCUGGGCCUGCUUCAUCGUUUCCAUCUCCCUCAUCGGAGUGCUGACCGCCGUCACCGGGGACCUGGCUUCACACUUCGGCUGCACCGUGGGGCUCAAGGACUCGGUCACCGCCGUGGUGUUCGUGGCUCUCGGAACCUCAGUGCCAGAUACGUUCGCCAGCAAAGUAGCCGCAAUCCAGGACCAAUACGCGGACGCGUCCAUCGGCAACGUGACGGGCAGCAAUGCAGUCAACGUGUUCCUGGGAAUCGGAGUGGCCUGGACUAUCGCCGCCAUCUACUGGAAGAGCAACGGGCAACCCUUCAGGGUGAACCCGGGCAGCCUGGCCUUCUCCGUCACCGUCUUCACCAUCUUUGCCUUCUUCAGUGUGGCGAUCCUCAUGUACCGAAGGAGGGCCCCUAUCAACGGCGAGCUGGGUGGGCCCAGGACUGCCAAGGUCCUGACCACCAUGUUCUUUAUCUGCCUGUGGUUCAUGUACAUCCUGCUGUCUUCUCUGGAGGCUUACUGUCACAUCCCUGGAUUCUAAUCAACUUCUCCCGUUGUUUUUCCCUUCUGCCUGUUUCCUGUUCGUUUUGACCAUCUCCACCUCUGGUGAGUCCAUGGACAAAAAUCAUUGACCAUCUUGUUGACCAUGGCUUGGGUUGACCACACACAAAAACACACACACACUCAAUGGUGGCGAACUAAAGGUCAUAGACUGAACAAGGAACAGCCAAGUCGUUCUUCUUGAUUUUUGCUGUAGGUGUGUUUUUGUCUUUAUGUCAAACCCAUGACAGAGCAGGGACGGACUGGAUAACUUUGUUGUUUGUCUGUGAAAAUCCUGGAUGACUUAACAAAAAAAAUGGAUUAUUUUUCCCUCUUCUCCCUCCAAGAGAGGACCUUUUUCUUUUUGUUGUUUGAAAAAUUUUUUUUUUAGCUUUUUUCCUUCUGGGAGAGAAGACGACAAGUUGUUCGGUAUUUAUUUAUAGUUUGGAUUCCAUGGGAAAAAAAACAUGAAAAAGCUGGGAAUAUGUAUGCACAUUUUUCAUUCAUUUGUUCGUUUGUUCGUCCACCAUGGAGAAGGAUUGCUGCUAUGUCCAACGGGCAAGUCUGUUGUACAAAGUAACAACUAGAUACAAUGCUGUGCCAGAUGAUACCUUUGUGGAGUGAAGAUACUUUCUCUUCUUGUUCCAAACUGUGAUCAUUUGGCUGUCCACGAUCAAAUCUAAAGGACGUUUUAAAGCUACGCCCUAGAUUUCAAACUUUUGUUGACUUGCACGUUCAUGGUAUCCAUUUGUGUGACUCGAGAUCUCUACAGUAUCUUGUGCUGCUUCUAUCUCUGUCCUGUGAAAAUCUAGGCAAAACACAAGGCAGGUCGUGGUUCUGUGCGCUAAGGUGUGGGGACAUGUAAGGCUGAAUGGUGAGGAAUGCAUUGCUGACACAGUCCAAGGUUCCAAAUAGAGUCUGCAAGAAGUGGCACCACUUGUUGUCUUCUGUUAAUGGUCAUUGGUGAAGGGCAAAGGGGCGGGGUAUGGGUCUAACCAAUUGGGAUCCACCAUUAUUUCCUGGACACAUCCCUUGAUUUUUUUUUUUUUAAAUACCAAUUCUAAAUGUAAGAAAUCAACCAAUCAUAGUUGCCAAAAUGCGUAUCCUUGUACAGAUCCUGUGCACGGAAUAGACUUGGGGAUUUUAUAAUAAGCUAUUGGAAGUGACUCUGCAGCAGCAGCUGAUGAUUCACCUCCUAGUCUCUGUACGUCGCUUUCGAUAAAAGCAUCUGCUCAACGACUAGUUAUUAAUAAUAAUAAUAAUAAUAAUAAUAAUAAUAAUAAUAAUAAUAAUAGUAAUGCUUAUGUGCUGUGUGUAGGUCGUCUCUUCUUGUAAGACACAUAAUCUUUCUCAGUUUGAGCAGCUUCUUCCUUCUCUAUAUAUAUAUGCCAGCCCUGUUUUUCUGCUGCAUUCUGCUCUGUCAACUCAAAGCAUGUUCAAUCCGCGGUAAGGGAUACUGUAUAAAGUAGUGUGUGGGCGGUUUGAUUUUCUGUCCUGCUUCUUCUUUUUAAAUCUGCAAAAGCUGGCACUAGGACUUUCUGCAAGCCUCUGCUGCCUGCCCCCGAUUUUCCCUUCUCUACAGAGCUGCAGACCGAGGUUUUCAGACCACGGGAUUGAAAGAACGAAUCUUAGGGUAUUGCAGGACUGACACGGAUUUAAGAUGUCGAACCGGGAACUGUUGGGACCAACAGUGCAGCCCCUCUGGCACCAAUACCAUUCCAAAUUGCCAUGGUAACCACGGGAAGGCAGCCAAUAGGAGCUGCUUUUGCAUCUCUCCCCUCCCUUUAUCUCUGGGAUGAUUCAAUUGGCUCGCAGAUGCUAAUAGUGGUUUGCCAUAAUGGACACUCUCUGCAUUUCCCAUCUGCAUUAUAUAUAGUAUAUACAGGGGUCCCCAGUAAAGCACUGGAGUGCAAGGUGAGUCAUGCAAGUGUGGUUUGAAUCCUGUCUGCGCCGAGCUGUGGUUCUUGGCAGGGAAAGGAGGUGCUGCAUUGGCUUUUGGGGUUUGGGGAGAAAAACUGAGUUACAUCCACGGAUUAGUUUGGUUAAGAGGCGACUGACAGAUUGGCAAGUGGAUCACAUAUUGGGUAGAAAGACUGGGGAUAAAAUAGACCAAAAAAAAACAUGUAUAUAAAUAAACAAAUAUAGCUAUUAUCAGUUUAAAUCUGUAUUUAUUUUCAGAUCACCCCCGUAGAUUAUACGAUCUGUCAGUCCCUGUUUUUUUAAAGUUUCAGAACUUCUCAGCUUGCUUUAAACAGCUGAAUCUACUUUCUUCCGACUAUAUGUCAGAAGACUCCAAACCUGUCUUCUUUCUCUUCUGGCACGCUAGGCUGCAGUGAUUAAUCAUCUCCGUUAUGCAGGCUGUACAUAGACUUGCUGCACAUCUCUUCUCAUUGCAAUCUGUCAAGCAGAGGCAAUUCUUAACAUUUACUCUCACUCAAUGGAAAGAACAUCUCUCUCUGUCUUGGUUUUUCGUUCGCUACCAUCCUUGACUAGUACGUAUCUUCUGUAUAAGGUGUGUAUUUUGUUAAUUUACUCCGGAAUAGACAAGCAUAGUGCACAUUCAAGGCAACACUUGUAUAUAAUAAUUUCUUUUUUUUAAUGGAGUGCCCAAUUAUUUUACCUCUGCUUUUCACCCCAAUUUAGAAUGUCCGAUUUAUUUGUCCCCCUCACCGCAGCGAAUACCCACACAGCUCAGGAGACCGGAAGGUUCAGCGGGCGUCCUCCGAUCCCGCGACCGAGCCAGCUUCCUCUUCCACACCCAGGAACUCCAGAGCGGAGGUCAGCGAGCUACCAGUCUCUGGAGGUCAAGCCCUGCAGGUGUCCCCUCUGAGCUCGCUGGGCACCUGGCCAGUACAGUUUUCUGUUGCGCGACAAGGAGAGACAGUCCCUGCCGGUUUUGCUUCCCUAACCCAACGCGACGUUCCUUCCAGAAUCCCCUGGGAAGAAUGCCUGACUUCACACAGUCAGGAGGUGACCCUGCAGCCCCCUGGCUGUAUGUGCUUUUAACAGGUGAGAUCAGUUAUAAUCAAUUAGAAAGGGAAGCUUAGAAGAAAGCACAGAAGCUUCAUCGGCGCAACAUUCGUCUACAUAACAACGAAGGCAACAGUCAAUCCAUUUGUCAGCUUGAUUUAGUCUAAUUCCCUGGUUUAAGAUUUCUCUGCAGAUUUUACCAGUAAUGCAGCAUAACGGUUAGUCACUGAGCUGAUUUGAGAUACAGCUUUUAUACAUUUCCAGAACAAAUGAAUUGGUGAUUUGAGAUACAGCCCUAUUUUAUUUUUUAUUUAUUUAUUUAUUUUAUUUAACAUGUCAUAUGAUGCAUUGUAUCCAAAUUUAGCUAAAAGCUAAUUUUCAUAGGUAGUUACUAAGCUUCUAAAUAUAUGUACAAAUCCUUUACAGAAAGAUAGAUAGAUAGGUAUAUUUUUAGUCAUUGCGUCUUGCUGCUAGGAGACAGGAGCAGUCUAUGUAUACCAGGAAUAAUUGUACUCUGUGUCAAAGCAAGCUCAAGAGACACUGCACAGAAUAUUCUAUGAUGGUGCUUUUAGCACUGUGAGAUGGUUAGCAGACUACAAUAUAACCUAUAAUCAGAGUCAGUUCUGACGUUAAACUGAACCUUUUAAAAGCUUUUUAAACGCUUGGCAGCCCCAACACACAGACAGCCAAGAGCAACGUAAAACACAUUCUAAACAUAGAAUUUCCGGAUGAGCAACUUGAGUAUCCAGAGAAAAGGUGCAAAAGUACUGACUGAUGAGUAACUUUUUAACCAUGAAGCUUUUUAUCAGAAUUCAGUGUGCGUGUGUGUGUGGGGGGGCAGGUACUACUAUCAAUGUGCCGGAGAUAAUUUGAGAAAAUGUCCCCACAUGCCUUCAAAAAAUAAAAUUAAAAGGGCCAAAAUAUUUAGUUUGUUGUCGACUUUUACCCCGUGUGGAGUUUUGUCUGACUGUAGUUAGAAACAGUAAAUAAAAAUAUAGUGAGAGUCAAUGAGAAGUCCCCACAAAUAUAGGAAUGCAAACGUUGUGUGCGUGUGUGUGUGUGCGUGCGUGACUGUCUGUAUGUGUAUGUGUGUGUUAUUUUUAAUUGAAAGAAGUGAACAAGCUGAUAUCGGUGUACAACUAAAGUAUUAGCCAAUCCACAUUAUCAUCCCAGCAGUGCCUUGUGGAGAAUUUGAUACAGGUCCUAAUAAGGUGGCCAGACAGUGUAUAUUAAUCUCCAUUCCAGAUUUUACAUGAAAACACACUUUGCAGAGUGUCUGGAUUUUUCAAAUUAGAUGGCACUUUUGGCUUCCAGCCACACAGCGGAAAUCCAAUAAGUGAAAGACAACGCGCUCUUUGGUUAUUGUUAAGCCUUGUUGUACAAUAAUCCCUGGCUGGUCGACAUAUUAGACCACAUAAUGCAGCACUCCAGAGAAUGACAACGGCAAGCCUGCUGAACGCGGCCAGCUGAGGCUGUAUAAAAACCAGCAUAAAAUAAUCAAACAAAAACCACACAACAGGGAAGGAAAAAGAACAGGAAAAAAACUGGGAGCGACAAGAGGCCGUACGACCCAUCGAGGCACACCCCUUCUUUAUUAGGAAUUAGUCGUUUAGCGGACGCUUUUAUCCAAAGAGACUUAGAGACUAAGUAGGUGAACUCUGCUACAUCAUCAACUGCUGCUGCUGCUGCUGCUGCAGUCACUUCCAAUAGGAGCUUGUUUGUUUUACGUCUCAUCCGAAGGACGGAGCACAAGGAGGUUCAUUGACUUGCUCAGGGUCCCACACACACAGUGAGUCAGUAGCUGAGCCGGUAUUUGAACCUCCUAGUAACAAGACCUCUUUCUCUAACUGCUGGAACCACCCAGCCUCCUAAACUCACUUUAAACCUCUAAGGGAGAUUAAAAAGACAGAAUCAAUAUUUUCUUUUUAUUUCUUUUUUUUUAUUAUUUCAUAGUGUUUUAGAUGUUACUUAUCCACUUACUAGGGUAUUCCAAGAAUGUUUAACUCUUAAAAAAAAAGUUUUUUUUCUACCUUCUGUUUCUAAACUUGUCCUCUGCUUCCAUACAGUGCAUGCAGUGGUGCCCUAUUCUCUGUCCUAAAUAUGAAAUAGUCACUUAGGUUAACAAACCAUUGAGGAUUUUUAAAAAAUGUGAUCGAAUCCACACUUUUUCCAGGCUGAAGAGAUUUGAUUAUUUUAACACGCAAUUAUGUCGUGGGAUCAGCCUAGUUCUCCGUACCGUCUCAAGUGCAAUGAGGUAUAUUGUUUUCAUUUCAGGAGCUACAGAUAAGAAACACUGUACAGAGUAAUCCGCUGCGGGUGACAGUACGAUACAUACACAAUGUGCGAAUUAGAAUUACUUAUGGCAUCUAUCAAAAACCCAUUUCAGUUCCAGAUAGAUUCUUGCAGGUCCCGCUUUGAUUAAUCCCACUCUGAAGGCAUUCACUGAACAUUCAUUCAAGCUUCAUGCAUUUGAAUGCCCAGUCACCACAUUGAAUCCAGGAAAUUGGAUGUAUGUUGUAAAAUGCAUUUCUAUGAAGCUGUUGAUCAUACCACGGCAUUCAGCACCUUUCUACUGGAUUCACAGUUUGGUUAUAUUCCGUGAAGCGAUCUGUGGAUACGUUUGUGCGAAUGUGUGUAAACUAAUUGCAACCAAUUACUGUUGCACUGACUGGACAAAUAUGCCUGCGUUCGGCUAGAGCUAUGCUAUUAUGCUUAAUUAUUUCGCUUGAAUAGAACCGGGUGUCAGAGAACUAAACUUAAUGCUGUAAACUAGACCUGCUCUCAUCAUCCACAUUCCUAAAUUGAGAUCGCUAAUGUUAUGCUGUCAAGGUCUUUAACAUUUCGCUAAAAAAGAGACAUAAAACAAAAUCAUAUGCUGAUUUCCUCUGGGAUGUCAAGUCUGUGGUUUAAUUUUUCUGUCAUUUUUUUAUUGCACCGUUUAACCUGCACUACUAAUGGAUCGCUGCUUGCAUAAAACCGCACAGCUCUCCCAUAUUAACUGUCUGCCCUGGACUGGAGGAAGCACCCUUAGGAUUUCACUUGUAAUCUAAGCCAGCUCAAACUCAGCCCUCUCCAGGCGAAAGGGGAGUGUAUGAACAUUAACUCACUCGUCUAGUUGUGAGACUGUCUAUAAUUCAACUGAAUUAGCUCUUCUCAUCAUGUUCCCAUUUAGGAUUGGACUAGAUCCCAUGGGAAAUGGUUUGUAAAAUACCAUGGAGUUAUAUUAGCCAUGUCAGACUUUCUUAAGAACUGUGGCAACAACGCGUCCUAUUUUGAUGAAGCUCAAAUGCACGGGCGUUUGUUACAAGCCUCUCUCGACCGGUAGAUUCGUUUCUGUUUUAUGUUUUGCAUUUUACCCGCAGCGUGUCAAACAUUCAUUCAAAGCUGUUUGGUUUGGUUAAAGAAAAUGGCAACCUAACACAUCAUGAUCCUGACAUUUCUAUUGUGGUAUUUAUGUCCUUGACAGCUUGCAUCUUACUAGCCUGCCUUGUGUAUAUCUUGGGCAGCUGUAAUGUGAUUCCAAAUUAAGAAACAGAUUAUCUUUUUUUUCCUGCAGUAAACAGACCCUAUUGCAACCCAUUACAGCUAAAGAUUGAAUCUCCAGUUGCAAUGCUGCAGAUGCUUCAUUCAUUGUACAAGUGUCUUUGCACUUUAAUUUAUUUUCAAAUUACACUUACAGCAAAAGGCAAUUGAAAAAAAUAUAUCUGCUCAACAGCAGGUUAAAGAAAAAAAAAAAAUUCUGUUGAAAUAUGCAUUGUCACUGAAUUCUAUUACAGCGUGCUAUUGAAACAUGCAGGGCGGUGUAUUGUAUUACGGUUGACGCAAAAAUAGAGCAUUGAUUUUAUAAUAGGGCAGCAGUGUGGAGUAGUGGUUAGGGCUCUGGACUCUUGACCGGAGGGUCGUGGGUUCAAUCCCAGGUGGGGGACACUCCUGCUGUACCCUUGAGCAAGGUACUUUACCUAGAUUGCUCCAGUAAAAACCCAACUGUAUAAAUGGGUAAUUGUAUGUGAAAAUAAUGUGAUAUCUUGUAACAAUUGUAAGUCGCCUUGGAUAAGGGCGUCGGCUAAGAAAUAAAUAAUAAUAAUAAUAAUAAUAAUAAUAAUAAUAAUAAUAAUAAUAUAUCAGUGUAGCUUCUGUCUACGUAGGGAGCCUGUGCAUUAGUCUGCUUGAUUUGAUUUAGGACUUAUAAUUAACCAAAUGCAGUGGGUCUGCUUUGUAUUUGCACAUGGAAAAUAAGAACAUGGCAAUAGACACAGUUCACGUCCUGCAAUUACGCCCCCGGUGGUAAUUCAAUUCAACGUGAAACAACUGCCCUUGUAAAUAUUUCUUUUUUUUUGUAAUCUCCCACCCGACCAGACCCUUGUCCUUUCAAUGUGUGCCUCUGGGAACCCGAGUUCAAUUUCCCAAUUGGGACACCGAGGUUCUCAAGCUACAAACCUGGGAAGCCCCUCUCCAAAAUCCCCCCACAAAGGUCACAAAGAAAUCUGUGUGGUGAAAGGGAGGCUAUGCAAAACAGCGGACUGCUAACUGACUUUGUAAAGAUCCUGCGAGGGGGAAAAAAAAGACCCUGUAAAAAAACCACAGCACCAAGAUCAAGAACAGCCCCCAUAAUACCAUACCCCACUCCUACUGGUUGCCCCCUACCUGAUCUAUAAUAGUGCAUUGUGCAUGUUUUGAGCAGCGUCUCUUGUGAAAUGUUAGGACAUACUGUACAGAACAAGUAAAUAAAAAUACAUCUAUAUCUAUCUAUCUAUAUAUAUAUAUCUCGAUCUCUCUCUCUCUCUCUCUCUCUCUCUCUCUCUCUCUCUCUAUAUAUAUAUAUAUAUAUAUGCAAGGAGAUAAAGUCAGUUGUGGGCAGCCACCAGGGGGGGCUAUAGUAUAUGUGACCCCUAUAAGAAGUGUUAGUGUGUUCAUUGGGGUAGAUCAUCUAUAUUUUCCAGAUAUUGAAUUUCCUAUAAUGUGUUCUGUAUGAUUCUCUGUUUCUGUUAUUAUUGCUUCAUUGCUUAUAAAUAUUAGAGCAAGAAUUUAUUCUUUAAAAAAAAAAAAAAAAAAAAAACAA